CGCCCCGGCGCAGCCCCUCCUCCCGCGGCCGCUCGCCCGCCCCGCGCCGCAGGAGCCGGGCAGGUGAGCGGGAGCCGCCCGGGACGCGGGGCCGCCGCUCCGCCCACGGGGCCGGCCGCCACCUGCCGCCGCUCCCGCCGCCCGGCGGCCUCUCCCCUCCUCCUCCUCGGCCGCGGGGCCGUAGGGGCGCGGCGGGGGAGGCGAGCAGAGCGCUCCCGCAGCGGGCGGGCGCAGGCGCCCGAGAUGGCGGACAGCACCGCGGCCACCGCCGCCCCGCGCGGCGUCAAGGGCGGCUCGGCCGGGCCCUGGUGGAAGUCGCUGACCGGCAAGAAGAAGCACAAGGAAGCGGCGGCCGCCCCGCCGCCCCCCGCCGCCGCCGGCGAGGCCCCCGCCGCCCCCGCCAGCCCCGGCGGCCGGGAGGAGCAGCCGCCGCACUCGGGCGAGGCCCCGGGGGCGGGCGGCGGCAACCGCCGGAGCCUUCGCAUCUCGCACUCGGGCCGCUUCAAGGAGCGGCGGAAGGUGCGCACGUCGCUGCUGGCCGACAGCCCCGAGGUCUUCGACGGCGGCGGGGCCCCGGGCCAGGCCACCCAGGGGGGCGAGUAGCCCAGGAGGGCUUCGUCCCCGGGGCCGCAGCGCCGUGAGGAGCCCCGACGCGACGGGCGGCCGGAGCCCCGACGGGACGGGCGGCCGGAGCCUGCGGCAGCCCCGCUGCUGGGGGGGGGCUGCGCUGGGCCCCCUGCACGGGCGACACGGAGGCGUGUGGCAGGGCCCGGCCUCCCCGGCCCCAGCGGGACACCGCGGGGAGCCCGGCACCUCCGCCGGACAAGUGGAUCGCGUGCUGUCUUACACGAACGCCGCCAAGACCGAACCCCCGGCUGGUGGGACGAUGUGAUUGUCUUAACAAAAUAACACCAAUAAACACCCCACUGCCUGCGCUGUGGUGAGCGGACUCACGGGUGCUAUCCCAGGGCCGGUGCUGGGGUCUCCAGCCCUUGCCAGCCCUUGCUGACUUCCCAGGCCCGGGACCCAGCCCUUCGCAGCUCUCCCGCUGAGGAGGCGCUUCGUCGUUCUCGUCUCAUGAGCUGCCUUAUCAAAGGAAAGGGGGAACGAAGUGCUCUUAUCUAGUUUCAGGGACAAGGACCUCCGGCUCUGCCCUGCCGUGUGCAGGUACGCCGUCAACGCGACCCCCUUCCCCUGCAGGGGUCAAAAUAGAGGGCUCGCGAGGGGCAGGCACUUGCAUUCACCCGUGCCCCAUCGCAUUUAAAUAUGCAAAAGGCAGGACCAUGCUGGUUUUCUCCCUCUUCUUACUGCGUGAUGAUAAGCAGGUGUUUCGGAGGCUGGUCUCCCAUAGUGCUGUUACAGAGGGAGGCCGGUUGUUGUCUAGCAGUUCACGCUGUUUACCCAGGGAAGGUGUGAUUUUUGCAUAACGGGUGAUAGCUGGCACAAUGGAGCUCAGAUGAAGAAGCUGGGUGAUAAAAUGUAAAUAUGUCUUGGGAGAGGAGACCAGCCCUGUGAGAGCAGGGGCAGGGUUGUACUCCUAAUGGGGAAAUAGGCUUGGGCACAACUGGAAAUGUUCUUCGCUGUUUACGGUGUCUGAGGUUUGUGAAGCAAGGUUGAAGAUUCCCAGGAUUUCUUUUGAUAGUGACAUAAUGUGCUUUAACUUGGGCAGCUAUCUGCUCCUCUUAACAGCUCCUGGAUUUUUGGACAAAGUAAACUAGAAGCCAGAUUUGUAUUGAUGAUGUGCCUUACAGAGCAAACUCGGCUAAAAGCAGUCGGCAAUUACACAUUUCUUGAUAGCAGGUGAUGUAGCAACAACUGAUUUAUUUAUAUUAAAUGCAUUCGCAAUAUACUUUAUAUUGUUAAAAUUAUUUUAGGCUUUUUCUGAAUGUGAGAUGAGCUAUUACGUAGUGGCAGGGACUGAAAUUUAUUUCCCAGCAUUCAAGUAUUAUGCAGUUAUAAUUUUGUUUGGUUGUAACUAAAGAUUUAAGGUCAAUUAAAAAUAAAAAAGUGAACUGAAAGGAAAUAAGAGCUGAGAGCUGAGUUCCAGGUGAAAAUAUAGAUAAAACCACUCACUGACAAUCACUGAAAUAAUACAGUAAGUGCUGGGCAAGUGCCCCUUGGUUCAGUGUGUGUAGUAAUAUAUAAUGAAGUUUGAAAGCUCCUGUGCGAUAAACUCACUGGCUAAGGUAUGUACCGGUCCUUCACUCAGCUUACUCCUUCAGACUCUGAAACCCGAGGACAAAGGGACCGUAGCAUCAACUCUAUCUCUGUAAAAGCUUUUUUUCCAGCCCAUGUGCAGAGGUACCCUCUUUUAAUUUCAUUUAGUAAAACUACAAAGGUACUGGACUGCCUUUUCAUGUUCAUGACUACACGCUGAGCAAGCAAAGAGCUGGGGAGUUGUGGGGGGAGCUUUUAAAAGUUUCUGCUCAGAGAUGCUUUUCUUAUGUGGAGCAUUUUAAGUCAAGGAACACCUGAAAGCCUCGUGUUGAGAAGAAGCCAUUGAAGCAAACGCAGCCUCAGACAAAGGGGCACGAGAGAGAAGGAAGAAAGUUUAAAACCUGGGAACGGAUGAAGAAGAACCGUGCUUCAGCUACAGCUAACCCCGGGGCAGGGGGGAAAAGAGGCAGAAAGGGGUGGCUUUGCUGCCAGAGUUGUCAUACUACCUUUGGAAGGCAACAUGUUUGUAUUCAUUACAGGCAAAAUAAAUCCGCCUGUAUUUAUGUAUUCUAGGGUCCAAAGAACCUUUUCUCUGUGUGUGCGUCUAAAAAGGAAGAACAAGUAGGCAGAUGCUGCACUGCUGUGCUUCCUACUCCCACAUCUGGUUUAGUAUGAGCUCUGUGAGGGUCAGAGCCUCAGAACUAUCCAGAGGCCCAAGUAUGCACACUAGUGUUUUAUACAUCUCACGCAGAUGCUUUUCUGUAUUUUUAAUACUUACACUGUUGUCAAAAUACAGUUUCUUCUCUUCUGUACCUCCAAGCCGCCCCUUUCUACGGUGAGCCUCUGUUUGCUCUUUGGAAAUGUCUCAGGUCUUUACCUAGUCACAAAGUAUCUACCAAUUUGGGUUUUAUUUGAGAAGAAGUCUGGUAUGCUGUUCAGGUGGCUGCUGUUAAGACUCUAUAUCGAUACUGGUUAAUAUGUGAUGAAAUAUUAGUCAUGUCUUACUCCUUGUGUAUGUUACUUUCAGCUUGGAAAUUCAGUCAGACUACCAAGUCAAUAAAUGCACGCACCAUUACUUGCAGCCACCCUCCAUCUUUAUCCUGACCUUGAGCUGUGGGAAGGAGACGUAAUUCUAUCUUCCUGCUCAGUUAAAUCCUUGCUUCAAUGAAUUUGAUAGCAGCCACUGAAAAACUAGAUCCAUGAGAAAACAGGCUGCCUGCCUCGUCUCACUUUCCCCGCCCUCUGUGCCAGGGCCAGGCAGCAAUAUCCUUCGGGUAGUGCUGACCUGGGUACCACAGCGAGGAGUGAGAAGCCCCCUUGGCCAUAACCAACUUGCAGCACAGAAACAGUCCUCUUGUUUCUGGUCUGAGCAUCCAGGUAAAGCUUGAAGUGAUCUAUACGUGUGUAAAUGAAUUAAGCUGAUACAGAAAAAGACAGCACUUCACGGAGCGUCUGAAUUAUUUUUUUUUAACCCUUGAAGUGGGGAAAGUUUCACCUUUCUUUUGUGUUGGAGAGUACUUGCUCAGUUGUAACAAUAGUGCAUUUCUGUGCCUUGAAUUAUUAAAAGGGUGUCAGCGUUCUUAAUAUAGAUAUUUUCCUCCUCUCUUUUAUAAAGAGCAUGCAUCAGAAAGUAAGGGUAGGAAAUAGGGCAGCUGAGAAAGUAGUUACUGUUAGUUUUUAACAGCAAGAAGCGACAUACUAACAAAAUGAAUGGAAGCAAGCAAUGAGGUUCAACCUCAACUAAGUCAAUUUUAGUGCAAUUUUCUUAAUAUUAUUCCAGAUACUACUAAGGCUUGCAAGUUUGGGGCAAAAAAAAUUUUAGUAAACAGAGUGAACUUUUCAAAUAAACUUGCAAAGUAUAUGUCUGCUUAUUACUUCUCUUGCCAAAACUAAAAAUAAAUCUCUGAGUAGAUGCCUGGUGAAUCAUUCCCUGCUAUUGUAGGCUAGUCAGUCUGGACCUCAAGAAAGAUUAUAGAGAGCACCUGCAGAAAAUGAUCCUAAAUUGGAAACGCUGGAAUAAAUGCCUUGAAAUCCUCAAGAUGUUUAACCUCAGAUGUUAUGUCAGGGUAUGACUUGGAAGUGAACUGAAAGAACGGAGAGGGGACUGGUUUUCGGUUGUUUUGUUGGUGUUUUUUUCUUAAAGUUCUGUCUUCACUGUAGUGCGACCAAUGAAAAUUGUAUGUUUGGAAUAUCAAGACUUUUGUCCAUUAACGAGAUAACCUCGUA